AUGAUAUUGGAAUUAAUAAUAUUUGUGAUAACAGUGCUUACUGCAUAUCAUUUUUAUAACAAUUGGAAAAUAGACAACUACUUUAAAGAAAGAGAUGUGAAAUAUUUACCCGGUGUACCGUUUUUCGGAAAUGUAUUUUAUUCAACUUUCCUGUUCAGGCAUUUUUUGGAUGACCUACAAAUUGUUUACGAUGCCUACCCCGAUGAAAAAUACGUUGGGUUCGUGGAGAACUCUGCACCGGUAUUAAUAAUAAGGGAUCCAGAACUGAUCAAGGCCAUUACUAUCAAGGAUUUUGACCAUUUCACUGACCAUAAGGAUUUCUUCUCACCAGACUCCGAACCUUUGUUCGCUGGCAGCUUGCUGAUGAUGAAAGGUGAAAAAUGGCGUCAAAUGAGAACAACUUUAAGUCCAGCGUUUACUGGGUCCAAAAUGAAAAUGAUGCUGCCCCUGAUCGUGGAAAGUGCUGACAACAUUGUCGAGUAUUUAUAUGAUCACCAAUCCGAAGAUAUUGAUGUAGAUGACCUGAUGCGUCGGUACACAAGUGAUGUCAUAGCGACUGCAGCGUUCGGCCUCAAGGUCAACUCUUUAAAAGACCGGGACAAUGAAUUUUACAAGAUUGGCAGCUCGCUGUUUGAUUUCACCUUUACACAGAGACUUUUGGUGUUCAGCACUUUUUUGCCGUUCAUAACAAAGAAAUUUGGAUCUCGUCUAUUUCCCGAUGCAACAUACCAGUUCUUUAGAAACAUCGUCUCUUCGACCUUGGAAUAUAGGAAGAGAGAAAAAGUAGAGAGACCUGACAUGAUACAACUUCUUUUGGAAACCCCAAGAGAAUGGACUCCUGAUGAGCUGACAGGCCAAGUGUUCAUAUUCUUUGCUGCUGGCUUCGAAACAUCUGCUAGUGGCCUGGCCAUGACUAUCCACGAACUAGCAUUGCACCCUGAUAUCCAAGAGCGACUGUACCAGGAGAGCAGCCAGUUUAAGAACGACACAGAGCUUACAUUUGACAAACUCAGCCAACUCAAAUACAUGGAAUGUGUGAUUAAUGAAACUCUAAGGAAGUGGUCCCCAGCUAUCUUCAUGGAUAGAACCUGUGUUAAAACAUAUGAAUUGCCCCCACCCAGGGAAGGUGGAAAACCAAACAUUGUUAAACCAGGUGAUUAUGUCUACAACAUGGUGAACUGCCUCCAUAUGGAUCCUAAGUACUUCCCUGAGCCAGAAGUUUUCAAUCCUGACAGGUUCUCUGAUGAGAAUAAACAUAACAUCCAACCAUGUACCUUUGCACCGUUUGGGGGAGGCCCAAGAAUUUGUAUAGGAGUAAGGUUUGCUAUGAUGGAGAUUAAGGUUCUACUGCAUCACAUUAUAUUGAACUUCAAGAUUGUGAAAACGAAGAAAACUCUGAAUCCUAUCAAAUUGCAACCUCAUGUGUUUAACAUUAGGGCUCUGAAUGGAACGUGGGUUAAGUUCGAGAAAAGACAGUAA